CACUGUUUAGGAAACACGUGCGUAGAUACUGAGCAGAGAACCUGAGAGAACCUAAAUUUUGACAUCGUACCUGGAGAGAUUAGUGAAAGUUUUAUUUUAAAAAUACGGGCAAUUAGUUUCCAUUUUCAAUAAACAUGGAAGCAAAUAUCAUAGUUUGCACUACGUGGGUGAAAAAAGGAAUCGCCGCUGCCAUUCCGGAAAAAGUUGAAUUAAGACCUGACGAGCUCGAGAAGAUUAUAAAGGAGACGCAGGCCGCUUUGGAAAAUGAUUCUGAUGAAGAGGCCACAUCUGAAACACAGUCUAAUAUAGAAAGUAAAGGAGAAUCUUCAACAGCUGGCAUUGAUGAAUAUAAUUUUAAGGCUUAUGAUAAUGAAUCUGGCAAUAUGUAUUGUCAUAUUUCUAAUUUAGCCACUUUUGAUGGAAGUGGCAAAGAUCCUCUUGUAACAAAUGAUGAAGAAGAUUCGGAUAAAGAUGAUGACAUUAUCAAGGCUGAUGAUAAUUUGGUGUUAUUUGGGCAUGUUGAGGGAGAUGCCAGCAUUUUGGAAGUAUUUGUAUAUAAUGAGAGAGAAGGAUCCUUUUACUGUCAUCAUGAUAUAUUGCUUCCUUCGUUUCCAUUGUGCAUAGAAUGGCUUAACUAUGAUCCCACUAAUCCAAAACCAAGCAAUUUAUGCGCUAUCGGUAAUAUGACUCCUAUAAUUGAAGUAUGGGACUUGGACUUGAUAGAUUGCUUAGAACCAGCGUACAAAUUAGGCAAGAAACCUAGCAAAAAAAAGAACCAGAAACGCAUUGGUCAUAAAGAUGCAGUUCUAGACGUGUCGUGGAAUCAUAAUUAUACACACGUUCUUGCUAGCGGUUCGGCCGAUCGGACAGUUUUGUUAUGGGACUUGGAGAACGGUCAACCAGUGAACAAAUUAGGUCCAUUCAACGAAAAAAUACAAACGCUAAAAUGGCAUCCACAAGAAACCCAUCAGUUAUUGAUAGGAUGUGCAGAUGGACUAGUGAAAUUAUUUGAUUGCAUGAAUCAAGUACCUAUUACAGACUGGAAGGCGUUGGGAGAAGUGGAAAGGGUGUUAUGGAAUCAUUACGACCAAAAUCACUGUAUUGUCAGUACGGAUAACGGUUACAUAGAAUAUUUUGAUGUAAGGAAACCUAAACCGUUAUGGCAAAUUAAAGCCCAUGAAAAAGAAGUUACAGGUCUUUCUCUUAGCACGUGGUGCCAAGGAUUAUUAGUCUCUUGUUCAAACGACGGUGUAAUAAAAAUAUGGGAUAUAGACCAAAAAUCUCCUACUCUUGUAUGGGAACAGACGAGUAAUCUAGGUGCAAUACAAUGUCUCGCGGCGAACCCGGAUAAUGGAUUUGUAUUUACUAUUGGUGGAGACAAUAAAGAGCAUAAUUUUAAAGUGCUGGAUCUUAUGGAGAUACCUACGGUGCGAGAGAGAUUUGCGAAACGUGUCGCCUCGAAAAAUUCUGUGGAACCUUGGCGAGAAGAGGCGAUGGAUGUUACCGAAAAUAUGGAAAAUAUAAAAAUUGAAGUUCCGGAAUCAGGCAUGAGCAAAAAGAAAAAUUGAAGAUUGUAUAUAGAUAUUGAUCAAGAUUGAUUAAAAUCUUAAUUGUAUAGAAUUAAAACACAUUAAAAUAAAAUUUCAUAGAAAUCGUA